AUGACAAUGGGAGGGAGAGUAUAUGACCCGAUACAUGACGUCUUUCAAGAUUCAAAACCUCUUCGAACAGAAUCAAGCGUUAGUAAUGAAAUCGAAGCUGAUAGUUUAGUUUUGGAUAAUGAAGAGGUUACUUCUAGUAAUAUAUCAGAUACGAAGUCCAUAAACUCAUCAAACUCUGUUACUUCAGAAACAAGUAAAACAAAAAAAAUUAAUGGGAAGAGAUCUAACAAGGCUAAUAAGACUGAAUAUGAAAAUGAACAAGAAACAGACAUUAACAAUAGCAACACCAACAAUAAUAAUAUUAAUAAAAAACAGAGAAGGGUCACUGCGAGGUUUAAUAGAAGUGUUAAGAAAAGAGAUGGUGAUUAUUUGACAAGAAAAGAUGUGCAAUAUUCAUUUUUCAGAGGGUUGCUUUCAGAUAAAAGAGAAGUAUUCUCUAAUCUUUUUACUAAGGCAUAUAUUAAUACAUUAGUACCAUUUCGAGAUUUAUAUGAUGAAAAGGGACAGGUCCAAGUGAUGAAUGUCACAGAUAAAGAGUUUGAUGCAAGAAGAUUCUUUACACAUAAAAAAUUGACAUUCUCACAAUUAUAUAUUCUAUGUUUAGCUACAUCUAACAAAUCAUCUAAAGUAUUAAGAGAAAAAUUGUUAUCUGAUCACAACGUUGCAUUUUCGAUGUGCAUGUUAUCAUUGAUUGUUAAUGUUGGUAGAUUGAACACAACAAUCAAUUUUCAUCCAGAGAUGACAUCGCAAGUAAGGAUUUUCCAUUCUAUUCCAAGUUUACAGUACCUUUCACCUGAUGAAAAAUCAUUACAAGAUACACCAAGGCUUAAGUGUAUACUUAAGAAUUUACCAAUAGGUAAUGAUCCAAUAGAUUUAGAGAAAUUGUAUAAGGAGAAGAUAGAUGAUAAAUCCUCAAACGAUGGGUUACCAUCAUAUAAUGUGGCUAAUAUGAUUUUCACAAUCUGCGAGAAUCCGACAUUUAUAAAGGAAUUAUUAUUCAAAAUCGAAUACUUUUGUGGAGAUAUAUCAGACCUUAAGAAUAAUAAUAAUACUAUUACCACUACCACUACUACUACUACCAACAGCAACAACAACAACAACAACAAUAAUAAUAAUAAUAAUAAUAGUAAUAGUAAUAAUGGUAACGGUAAUGAUAACGAUAAUGAUAGUAAAAGUAAUAACGAAGAUAUUGACAUCAAACAUUUACUACUUAAGAAUGAUAUAUCCAUUUUUACAUUUUUGGAUACAACCAAAUAUACUAUAAAGAGUCGUAUUACAGUGAUAUUAUGGGUUCUUUAUGUUUUAUUGGAGACCAAAUUGGAUCAGAUAAGUAUAAUUGAAUCGUUAAAACUAUUCGGUACACUAUGUGAAGAUGGGGCUUAUAGGAUUAAAUUGGAAUUAAAUGCGAAUGGAAAGGAUCCAGAUGAUGAGGAUAAGGAUUCGGAAGAAGAAAUUAAGGUUGGCGAAUUAUUAAGGGAAAGACGUGCAGUCUUUUUAAACAAGAGAAAAAUAAGUGAAAAUGUCUCUUGCACUGCUAAUGCAACCUCUACUGUCACUGAGACUGGUACUAGUACUGUCACUACUUCUGCUUCUGCUUCUGCUAACAGUGGAAAUAAUGAUGAGACUGAUAAGACGAAUGAGAACGAGGAUAAAAACAAUUAUGAUUCAAAGGAAAAUACUUCGUUGAUCAGUGUUGAUAUAAAGACAGAAAGCAAAGAUUCAGAUUCAGCUUCAAAUAAAAUGAAAGCUAAUAACCCUACCUCUGAAACAGGUGAUAAUAAGCAUGAAAAGAUAGAUGAAAGUGGUGAUAUUUCAGAUACAUUAAAUGAAGGUAAGAAUCAGGAUAAGGAUGGAUUAAGUAACAGUAACGAGUCUGAAGAGAAAAGGGAUUCUCAAAUCAUAUCACCUGAAGAAGUGAAAAAGGUUAAGACACCAAAAACAAGAACAAAACCGAAGGCGAGGACAAAGACAAAGCCGACGCCAUUAGCAAAAAAUGGUAAUGCGGAUAGUCCAACCAGGGUGAAAAUGGGAGAGAAUGAACAAGGUAAUAAAAAGAACGAGAAGAAUCGGGUGAAAGUGAACGAUGGUAAUAUGAAUUCCGGCGAUGAAACAAGGACUAAUGCAGCAGAUGAACAACAUAUGUUGGAAGUGGUCAAUUUGAUUGAAGAAGAUAAGAAGAGGAAGAUAGUAGGAGAUAAGACACAGGAAGAUAUAACGAGGGAACUGAAACCUAUACAUGAAUUAUUGAAAAAAAGACGUCAAGAGAUUGGUAUGAUUAAAUUAUUCCAUGAUUUUGAAGAUAAUCCAAUUGCACCAUCUCUAGGUGUACGUGGUAAAAAACGGAAGAGAUACGAUGAUGGAUAUAUGGGAUUUGAGACAGAUUAUUUGAAAUUGUUUGCUAAAUGUAAACAUAUUCUAUUAUCGCAAGAUAUUGAUAAAAGUGUGCAAUUUAAAGUGAAUAAUAAUGAUACUGAUGGCGAGCAGAAAGAGGAAGAUGGAAAAGAAACAAGUAUAUUUAGAAUAUAUUAG